AUGCUACUAAUAUGGUUUCUAUUAAUUGGGUUAUGUAUAUCAUUAUCAGAUAGUGAUACAGAAGAAGAAGUGGAAAUAGUAAGGUGCAAUCCCUUGAAGAAUCCAACGUGUCAUGUUGCAAAUGAAGCUUUACGUUCAUCAAUUUUUGAAACAUUUUAUCAUGGUACAAAAUAUUUUUCAAUUGCAAGCUGUAGAAAAGGUGUUAAUUUUAGUCCUAAUGGUUUACUGUUAACAAUUGCAAAGGAGUAUGAUAAUCCUGUUUUGGUAUCAAGUUUUUAUCUUAUGUAUGGUAAAGUUGAAGCCGAAAUUAAAGGGUCUAACGGACAAGGUAUAAUUAGUUCAUUUUAUUUGCAAAGUGAUGAUUUAGAUGAAAUUGAUAUAUGUGAAAUUUUUGGAAGUGAUCAAUAUGAAUUUCAGACAAAUUAUUUUAUAAAAGGAAAUAUAUCAGAUUAUGAAAGAGGUAGAUAUCAUCAUUUAUCAAAUAAUCCAUUAGAUGAAUAUAAUAAAUAUGGCAUUGAAUGGACACCAGAUUAUAUUAUAUGGUAUUUAAAUAAUAAAAUUGUUAGAAAAUUGGGCAAUAAGAAUAAAUAUGGUUUUCCAACUAGUCCAAUGCUUGUUAAAUUUAGUUUAUGGAGUGGUGGUGAUGAUACAAAUAGUUUUGGUACUGUUGCAUGGGCAGGUGGUGAAACAAAUUAUAAAAUGGGACCAUUUGUAAUGAAUAUUAAGAAUUUAAAAGCAAUAAAUUAUUCAAAUGGUGAUUCAUAUAAUUAUGGUUGGUUACCAAAUGGUGAAUGGCAAGAAUUGAAAGCUUUGGGUGGGAAUAUAUAUGGUGAUAAUGAAAUUGAAAUAAGAAAAAAGUUUAAACCAGUACGUAAGCCUACAUUACAAGUUGAAGAAGGUGAAGAAGUGCAAGAAGAGGUAGAAGAAGAUAAAAAGAAUAUACCUACAAUAAUUAAAGAUAAAAUUAAGAAAUUCAAAUUAUUAGAAUCAGGGUCUGAUAUAGUUGUACCACAAAAUGAUCAAGAUGAAACUGAUAAUGAAGAAGUAGAACUCAUAUCAGGAAAAGAAGAUGACGAACAGAAUAGACCACGGAGUGAAGAAUCAAUAUUCAAUGAGUUUAGACAAUUUUCGACUGAGUAUGACAGUUUGUUCCAAAAAAGAGUAAGAUAUAAAAGAUUCAGAUCAGAAAGUAAUCAGAUUGGCCCUUUAAUUACAGUUAUUAGCAGUAUAUUGUUACUUGUUGUGUGAUAUAAAUAUAUUUUGCAGCAACUGCCGUCGUAUAUUCUAUUUUUUCUAAUUAGUAGUGUGAUGUUGCAUAUAAAAUUAUUUUGUAACAACAGUAGUCCGAGAAUUUAUUUAGUAUGACGUGACCCGUUUUAAAUUCAAUUCAUUCCAUCGUCUGGUGAUGAUUAGUACAAAAAUUAAUACCACCGACUGGCCGACUGAUUCCCUUCCAGUUUUUUUUUUUUUCGUUCCAACUAUUUAAUUAUAUGGGCCGCUAAAUUAUAAAAAUUAUUGAUUAUCACCGCAAUUGAAAGUUUAAUUAAUUAUAUACAAAUUAAUUAGAAUACAAUUUUUAUACAACUACUACUUCUAUUUAUAUUACUAUUAUCAUGUCUAAUUUAGAAGAAUUAGAAAGAAUUAGUUUUAUAUCUUUAAUUACAAAUUCUUCAGAUAAAUUUUUACAAACUUAUUCAUUUUAUAAUAAAUUAGGUUUCAGAUUAACCAAAAAUUUUUCAAGAAUUUCAAACGAUGGUGCUUCAGCUGCUAAUAAUCCUCAAUUACAUUUAGGUAUUCUGAAAAAUUCAUUACGUGAAGUUUGGUUAGAAAGUUAUCCUUUACAAAAUCUAGAUUCAAAUGGAAAUUUAAAGCCAUGGCAAGAAUUGGAAAUUUAUAAUGGUGAUAAUUGUGAAAAAUUGACAGAAUCAACAGUUAUUAAAAUUAGAUAUUCAAAUGAAAAAUUACCAAUUAGUCAUUAUGACUUAAGUAAGAAAUUGAUAUUUUUCACAACAAAUUUGAAAAAAAUCGAAAAUUUACUUGAAGAAGAUUGUUAUGAAUAUUUAAAUGAUGAUAUAAUAAUUUCUCAAGAUCCAUUGGGCAAUAGUUUGAAAUUUACAAAUAGUAAAAAUGUAUUGGAAAAAAUUAAAUAUCAUUCAGCAGAAGAAUAUAUUGAAAAAACAAGUAAAGAAAUAUUAGAAAAGGAACAAAAUAAGCAAAGAGUUGUUAAAUCUCAAGUUCAAACUGUAAUUGAAGAGAAAAAAGACAAAAAGAUUGAUGGAACUAAUAAAAAGAAGAAAAUUGCCGUAAUGACAUCUGGUGGUGAUGCUCCAGGUAUGAAUCCUGCAGUUAGGGCAGUUGUUAGAGCUGGUAUAUAUUAUGGAUGUGAUGUUUUUGCAGUUUAUGAAGGUUAUGAAGGUUUAGUUAAAGGUGGUAAGUUAUUGAAGAAAAUAGAUUGGGAAGAUGUUAGAUCUUAUUUAUCAUUGGGUGGUACUGCUAUUGGUACUGCAAGAUGUAAAGAAUUUAGAGAAAGAGAAGGUAGAUUAAUGGGUGCUUUUAAUAUGAUUAAAAAUGGUAUUGAUGCAUUAGUUGUAUGUGGUGGUGAUGGUUCAUUAACAGGUGCUGAUUUAUUUAGAAGUGAAUGGCCUUCAUUAGUUAAAGAAUUAGUUGAUACAAAUAAAUUUACUGCAGAAGAAGUAAAACCUUAUCAACAUUUAACCAUUGUAGGUUUAGUUGGUUCAAUUGAUAAUGAUAUGUCAGGUACUGAUGUUACAAUUGGUGCAUAUUCUGCAUUAGAAAGAAUUACCGAAAUGGUUGAUUAUAUUGGAGCAACUGCUAGUUCACAUUCUAGAGCUUUUGUUGUUGAAGUUAUGGGUAGACAUUGUGGUUGGUUAGCUUUAAUGUCUGGUAUUGCAACAGGAGCUGAUUAUAUUUUUAUACCUGAAAGACCACCAAAAGCCAAUGAAUGGAAAAAUGAAUUAAAGGAAAUUGUAUCCAGACAUAGAGGAUAUGGUCGAAGAAAAACUACAGUUAUAGUUGCUGAAGGUGCUAUAGAUGAUGAAUUAAAUCCAAUUUCAUCGGAUGAAGUUAAAAAUGUUUUAGUUGACUUAGGUUUAGAUACAAGAACAACUAUAUUAGGACAUGUACAAAGAGGUGGUACAGCAGUUGCAUUUGAUAGAAAAUUAGCUACAAUGCAAGGUGUUGAAGCUGUAAAAGCGGUUUUAAGUUUAACUCCAGAAACUCCAUCACCAAUGAUUGGUAUACUUAAGAAUAAAAUUGUUAGAUAUCCAUUAGUUGAUGCUGUUAAACAAACAAAAGCAGUUGCUACCAAUAUUGAAAAUAAAGAUUUUGAUAAAGCAAUGAGUUUAAGAGAUGCUAAUUUUUAUGAUGCUUAUAAAUAUUAUAAGUCAAUUAGUUACUACGACGAUGGCUCCAAGUCGGUAAUAAAGGAAAGACAAUUAAGCAUAGCUGUUGUUCAUGUUGGUGCUGCAUCUGCUGGUUUAAAUGCUGCAACUAGAGCUGCUGUUUUAUAUAGUAUUUCUCGAGGUCACAAAUUAUUUGCUGUAAUGGAUGGUUUCAGCGGCUUAAUUGCGGGAAAGAUUAAACCUUUGACGUGGAUAGACGUUGAAGGUUGGCAUAAUAAAGGUGGAUCAGAAAUUGGUACCAAUCGUUCAUUACCGUCAGUAAAUUUUGGUAAAAUUGCAUAUCAUUUACAAAAUAAGGGUAUACAGGGUUUAAUUAUUAUUGGUGGAUUUGAAGCAUUUACAUCAUUACAUGAACUAUAUGAACAAAAAUCAAAUUAUCCAAUAUUUGAAAUUCCAAUGGUUGUUAUUCCAGCUACUGUCUCCAACAAUGUACCUGGAUCUGAAUAUUCAUUAGGUUCAGAUACUUGUCUUAACGAGCUCGUCACCUAUUGUGAUGUAGUUCAACAAUCAGCAAGUUCAAGUAGAAGAAGAGUAUUUGUUGUUGAAGUACAAGGUGGACAUUCUGGUUAUGUAGCAAGUUAUUGUGGUCUUAUCACCGGUAGUAUUGCUACUUAUACACCAGAAGCAAAAAUUAAUUUAAUUGAAUUACAAAGAGACAUUGAAUUGUUAUUUAAAGUUUUCCAGAGUGAUAGAGGUGAAGAUCAUUCUGGAAAAUUAAUUAUUAGAAAUGAACAAGCAUCAUCAGUAUAUUCAACAGAAUUAAUUGCAGACAUUAUAAAAGAAAAUGCCAAAGGUAGAUUUGAAACAAGAACAGCAAUACCAGGUCAUGUUCAACAAGGUUUUACACCAACUGGAAAUGAUAGAGUAAUGGCAGUUAAAUUUACAUUAAAAGCUUUGGAAUUUAUUGAAGAAUGGAAUAGAUGUCAUGAUAAACAACAAAUGGUUAUAGAUGAUGUUGAUUUUGAAAAACAUUCACAAGUGGUAAUUGGUAUUCAUGGAGAUACAUGUGAAUUUACAAGCGUAAGACAUUUAUAUGAAUCAGAAGCUAAUGUUGAAUUAAGAAAAGGUAAGACUAUUCAUUGGUUAGAUAUGAUUGAAGUUGAAGAUAUGUUGAGUGGUAAACUGUUAUUAAUUAAACAAGAAAAAGAUUAUUAA